AUGACUAAAUUCGAUUUUGUUCCACUAUUUGUUAAAAUUUGGCUGUUUUUAUCGACUCUCAUUUGUACAUGGGAUGCUUCUUUUGUUCUUUUAAGACCUCGUACACUUCCUGGUGGUGAUCUUCAUGCUUUUUGGACACCAUAUGCUACAUAUAUUCAAAUUGAUAAGCUUUAUGGAGAUAUGCAGGAUCAAUUUGUUGUUGAAUAAUCCAUCCUUAACAUUUACGAAUGCAUUAUUAACACAAUUGCACUUUGUCUCAUCUUUUCUAACUCUUAAAAGAAAUAACUAGCUGGUACUUUUUUGGCUAUCCUUGCAAACGCUUUUACUUUUUGGAAGACUGUUCUUUACUUCUAGUAUGGAUUUCCUCAUAGUUUACCAAUAAAAAAUUAUGUUGAAUACAUUUUCUUAUACGUUGUUCCUAGCAGUUUUUGGGUUAUUGUGCCUUUGCUUAGCUGUAUAGCAAUCAGCAAAAGAAUUAGCUCUCAUUUACUAUCUUAGUCCUCUUAGUAAUCAGAAAAGAACACUCAAAAGCUUAAACAGAAUUGA